UCCUAGACUCUAGAAAACACACCGCAUCAUGAGACGUCAGAAUGAAACGUUCGCUAUUAUUCUUCAGUACACAAAGAACUACGGAGAAGUUCACAAAUAUAAGCUGCAUAAUGCCCUGAACUAAAGUGAGAAUGUUUGUCUCGAGCGUUGCUCCGUAAACUGCGCACGUUACUAUAGCAACAGAAGCGCGUUGUGGUCGCCAUCCACUCACUCGCACGCACGCACGCACGCAGAGCCGAGAAAGAAGCGUUCCGAUGAGUUCAUGAGUUUGAGUGGUUUAUGAAAGAGCAAACAUGUUGUCCGGUGUGACACAGCUCAACGGGCUCGUUUCUAAACAGAUCUUCACCGAGAGAAGGUCAACAAACCAGUAUGAGACUGUCAGAUUUAAUCACGAGCUGUCUCGAGUCAUUCACCUGCUGGAAGAUCCUCUUUGUUCGUCUUUGAAAGAGAGACACAUGUUCAUGCUGAAGAAAGUGGUGAAGACGUGCCAGCGAGGAUUUCUUUUGAGGGAUCUUGCAGACAUAUUUAAGAUCAUAAACAUCUGUGCUGAAAAAGCGCCAGAUGAUCUGGAUUAUGGCCGAGUCCUCUGUGAUUUACUGCACAUCUGCGGGAGGCCCUUCCUGAAGGAGAAGACAUCUGAUGAGAUCAACUACGCCUCUGUAGUGAUGGACUGUUUGUCUCAAAUGGGUUAUCUGAUGAGAGUUCCAGUCCCAGAGAUCAGACGUCAGAUCUGUUCUUCUGUGAUGGCUUUAUACAGCUGUGAUAAACCCAGACCUGGUUUAGAUGGUGCUUGCCCCACGCGUGCUGACUACAGAGGGCUGAUGGUGGAACGCAGUGGUCUGGCUGAAACUCUUGUGAUGUCACUGCCCCUCAUGGAAAACCAGCUGCCAGUCAAACUGUGUCUUCUUCAGACGCUGCAGAUCAUGUCCCGCACAUCAGAAGUGAACUGUCAUUUCAUGCUGAAAGCUCAGGCCGCUCAGAAGAUCUGUUACCAUAUGGGUGAACACGACCCGUCAGGACAGGUUCUGUUCCGCUCUUCAGAGAUCUUGUGGAAUCUUCUGGAGAAUGGAUCUAAAGAGGAGGUCACCACUCAGCUCAGUAACACGGACUGCAUAGAAUCUCUCAAACAGGCUUUUCUACAUCAGCUCUUGAAUGGCUUUCGUCAUUAUGAUCAACAGCUGAGGAAUGACCUGCUGGUGCUUACGUCAAUGAUCGCAGCCAAUCCGCACGCUCCGUUCACUGAAAGUGGGUUUAUCAAGCAUCUCACACUGCUUGCAACAUUUCCAGAGUUGAAGAGUCACAAUCCUCUGGUGCGGAACCUCCGGCUAUCCUUCAACCACGAGGACUUUGAGAUGAAGAAACUCUUGCUAAACGUGAUUGUGGUUCUGUCUAAAGAUCUGUCUGCUCUGCAGUUGUUUAGAGAGGGGCGUGUGAUGCUGGCCCUGAUGCUCUUGAUUAAGCCGAGAUCCGUUGAUGCUCAUGGCGGCAGACACAGUUGGACCUCCGGCCAGCAGGAGGAGCUGCAGCUUCAGGCUUUGGCCACGCUGAGCACAUUAGCUCCUCUGAUGCUGGAUGAUUACAUCACGUGUCAGGCCAACACCUGCCUGCUGCUGCUGCUGGACUGGUGUCUACACGCAGACUCGUUCAGCGGGCAGGGUCACAGUUUCCACGGCACCGGCGGACGUGGCGGGAAGAAGGCGCAGAUGAGAUUCUGCAUUCGUGUGCUCAGAUCUGUGGUGUGUGUUGGCCAUGAGCUGCUGAUUCAGGACCUCUGUGAUCAGGGAGCUUUAGGACAGCUGUUGGGUGAGAAAGGGGUGCUGCGAUGGUUCUUAGACACACAGGAGACAGAAGAUGACGUCUCUCUUGAGAUACAGAUGGACAGUCAGCUCAUUCUGUCGGUGCUCUGUGAGGGGGAUCUGCACAGGAAGGAGCUGUUUGGCAGUGAUGGGGUGGAGAUUCUGCUUCAGUAUUUAAAUGUGGAUGCUCAGCUGAUCUUCAGUGGGUUAGGUCAUAAUAAACUGCUCCUGUCCACCGUGGACUGUGUUUGGUCGUGUGUCAUCGGCUGUUUUAAUACGGAGGACGUGUUUUUGGAGAGACGAGGUGUUCAUCUGCUCCUGCGUCUGCUGCAGGCGAGCCCCAGACAUAUGUUGAGCACGCUCAUCGGGACUCUUCUGGAGUUGUGUGAAAACCCGCAGGCACUUCCUCACGUGCUGAGCUGGAGAGGAGAGAAAGACGUCACUGCCACGCAACUCCUCCUGCAGAUCUGGAGGAAAGAGGAAGAGCUGAUGGGCGUCACACAAGACCAGCGGGGAAGUAUCACAGGUACUGAUCACAGUAAUAUUUUUUUUAAAGACUUGAAGCUAACGCUAAUGCUGUCACUCAUAGACGUGAAACAGCCUGAAGAUAAAACAUCAUCACAUGAUCUCAGCGCUUCAGUCAGAGAAGUGUCAGAAAACCUGUGUGCAAACAUCUACUGCCUGUUCUGCAAGCUAGGAUUUCAACAGCUGUCAGGUUUGAGCACCGCAGAUGACAUCACACUCAGCAUCAUCAGCCAAUACUUGGACUUCAAGGUGACUGACGUGUGGGCAGAGAUCUCAACUGAGCUGUCUGAUGAAGGGCUGAUGCUCAUCUCCUCUGAUGAUGAAGCCCUAAAGAGCAUCAGACAGAUCGCUAAAGACACGACCGAGCAUGUGCACACCCUGCAGCAAAACAUUCUGGACCGGCAGCAUCACGUUAAUGCACAGGAGGAGAGACGGAUGUACGCUGAGAUCAGCUUCACUCAUAAGCAGAGAGAGUUAGCUGCAGAGGCCUGGAGGGAUUACGUUGCCAGGACAUCCAACUACAGCAUCUUAAAGGAGUUUAAAAAGCUACGAGAUGAGUGGAGCACCAGAGGCACAGAUGUGACAUCACACGUGACCCUCGAUGGAACCCUGAAACAAGAGAACUCUUCAAACGCCCUCUCGCAUCACUAAACCAUGACCAGUGACAUUUAUUUCAUAUACAAACAGACACUACAGUACCUUCAAACCUCACUUGACCAAACAUCUAAACUGCUGUUUUAAAGUCUUUAUUCUGUCAUUCUGAAGAAGCAUCAGAGCCAGCUGCAUAAGCAGACACUCAUCUAACCCUGUGUCUCACUGUGUCUCUGUCUUCACAAGGACUUAUCAGGCUAACUUCAGUCUGAAAUCUUCUCUUUAUGUAACAAGAAGUAGUCUUGGCAGCUCAUGCAUCCCUGCGGUCAUCUGAUCUUAACGUGUUAAAGAAGGUUUUAUAAU